GAGGUGGCAACUCUGCCUUGACAUCGGUGUGUAAUGUCAGUGAGUGAGGCCGGCCUCCCUCUCCUCCUCCUCCUCCUCCUCCUUCCAGCUCCUCUUCUUCCCCUUCACAAUCAGCUGCCUGCCAGGCCACCAAUCCGUCCACUUCACAACUAGCAGGCUGGGAAGACUUGGCAUGGAAAGCCCUGGCAUGAGGAGCAUUACUAUCAUCAACUAGAGCUGCCAAGCCGCUGGCUGCUAAUCGGGAUCCUUUACUGACAGCUCGGCGAUCGGGGGACACCAUUGACAGGAGACAUCUCACCUACACUGCAAAGGCAAAAUUUCGUUCUGAUGGGGGACGUAGGCACAAGACGCUCCAGUCUCGUUUCUAGGUUGCCGAUAUUUAGACGAAACACAAUCCGGAAACAGGACUCUCUGCCUUCUUCACCUUCCUCCAAUAAUACUGGUGGCCUACACACUUCCUCCCCUUCAAGUACAAAUUCCAGCUCAGGUAGCACUGGGAAACGAAGAAGCAUAUUUCGCACACCAUCUUUAAGCUUUCAUCACAGAAAAGAAAAUGACCAUAAAUAUGAGUCUAGCCAAGUACCGGUAACACCGAUUUCUCAGAGCACCCAAAGCACUUUGCAGAGCCUUGAAUUGGAAGAGCAGUCCAAAAUAAAGGCAAGAACCUCCACAAGCAUCCCUAGUUCAUGUAGAAAAAUUACUAGAUCAGUAACGGAAGACUGAAAGAGAAAGGAACAUUCAGGUAAUAAGAAUGUGUUCACAAACUGUUUAGGUAGAAAUGAGGAAGAUGACUCUGGAUUUGUAGAUGAUCAUCAGAAAAAAACUGCGAAACAUUCCUCAAGAAGGCUUCUCCCUAGAUCAUUUUCUUCCCAUUACAGGUUUUCCAAGCGUGGGUCUCAAUGUCAAACUCCACCACCAGCACAAAAUGCAGACUGCCCCACAGAAGCUCCUACCCAUCCAGAAACAGACUCUAUAUUUGCUAAACCAGUACUACAUAGUGCCACAGAGGUAAAUGAAUAUACAGAGAUUUCCUUGUCUCCUCUUAUAUCAGCUGAACACACAACCGCUCCACAGACACCGUCUGACUUUAUAUUUAUGGAUGACUCUGCUUCUGAAGCUGAUUCCCUGCCAAUCAGUGGAAAUAAAAUACCCGAAAGACAGCAAAUGUGCAAUCCUGUUUCUACCUCACAAACCUCUGCCAAUCCAGCAUCUGUUCCUACUGAAAUUAAUAAGGAACUGCAUGUAGUAGAAGAAAUGUCUGAAUGUGAUGGUUUGGUCCUUACGAAACAGAAAGCUGAUACAAAUGUUAAAAGAUCUAGGUUACAGUAUAUGCCGUGCAUCUUCUAAAGAACUAAUACCAUGUCUGAACUGUCUACAAGUCAUAAUAUUAAUCUUGAAAAUGGUACCGAGCAAAAACACAGAGAUAAACCAGUGUUUCAAAAUAAAGAUUACUUUAGUUUGCCAAAGAAAUUUGAGCCAGCAGUAUCUCAAUGUGAAGUGAUGCCAACUCCAUGCAGUCAUCAAGUUGUGCCAGCAACACAAGUUUCAUCUGAGGCACAGUGUUCACAGAUGCACAAUGGCCGUGCAAGAGUUAACUAUGCCAAUAGUUUCAGCCCAUAUAGAGACGGGCGCUAUUCUGAGAGACGUUUGCGUUCAUCCUCAGAGGGUACUACAGGAGGCAGCAGAAUGGCUUUUAAACCAAAGGAGCAGCAUUCUGAAGAGCUGGCACAUUUUAGAAAGCAGAGAACUAUUUCAACUUCUUCCAAAAUGAAUAGCAUGGAUGUGUUAAACAAUUUGGGGUCCUGUGAAUUGGAUGAAGAUGAUCUUAUGCUUGACCUGGAGUUUACAGAAGAACAGCAGCUUCGAAAAGUAUGUCGGGAAGAUUCCUACCAGUCAAUAGUGUCAUGCUCAGCAGUGGUACUUUCCCACGUGGAAGAAUCAAGCGAAAAUAAUAAACCUACAGAAGAAGAACCAAAAUUUUCUGGGACAACAACAAGAAAUCUCUAUCUACAUUUGCCAAGAGAAAGCGAUCAAGAGGAUACUAAGUGCCCUCGUGUCUGCCAAGUGCCCACCAGCCCAUCUGUGGAAUGGCCCUUUGCACAGGAAGACAUCAACGGCUUGGAAUCAUUGCCUUUCAGAUUGAUGAUGCAAGACUGUACAUCUGUAAAGACAUUACUGCUCAAAAUGAAGAGAAUCCUGCAAGAGAGCACUGAGAUGAGCCCAGCAAGUAGCACAGCUUCACUUCCAAUUAGCCCUUUUGCCGAAAGGAACCAUCCUUUUAAGGAUAUAAUGAAAGAUGAAUGCUCAAUGCUGAAGCUGCAGCUUAAGGAACGGGAUGAACUUAUCCACCAACUGCAAGAAGAGCUGAAAGCUGCUCAAACGCUAAAUAUCUCCAAACAAGAUAAAUAUACCCAGACUGAAUUAGUAAACCAUGAAGUCAUUAAUAAUGUCCAGAGGAACACAACAAGUACAGAGGGCUCUAUUUUCAAAGCUAUAAGACCUGUUCAUUGUUUCCAGCAUUAUCAGUUUAAACCCAACAUCUGGACACAAGAUGCUUUACACUAAUGUAUUCAAUUAGGUUUCAUUAAAAUGUAAUAAGCUGUGGUUUCAGAAACAAUUAAUGUAUUCACAAAUGAUGCUGCUAAACUGCAGUUUUUGCAUUAUCGCAAAUGAAAAUACUCCUUUUUUGAUGUUGCUGUACAGAUCUAUUUUCAUUGCAGGAACUUUAAUAACAAAAUAUGUGGUUAUUAUCCUUCUGGGAUUACCAUUUUUUAUAUAAUAAUUUAAAAUAGACAAGGACCAUGCACUUGGACCAGGAGGCAGCACGGUGUUUUGAAGAGGAUUAUAGCCAACGACACCAAAUAUAGCAUAAGCAUUUUACAGUUUACCUGUGCUGCCUAAUCUGAUUUUGUGAAAUUAUUUUUAAAAAUGUUUUCUUUAUGUUUAUUUCUGUAAUAUGACAAAAAAAUUACUGCGCAAUACAAUUGAUAAAUUAUGCCAAUAAACAAUUACAUUUGUAAACCUUA